AUGGCCCACGCAAACUUCGAGUCUCCUUCAACCAAGUCGGCCAGCAGUGUCAAGCGAGGCAUGAGUCCAGAGGACCAACAAGACCGAAAUCCGCCCAAAAGACUACAGAGCACCGGAACCAACGACAGUGACAGCGAGGGAAGUUCUAGUGGCGACUAUAUAAGCGACGACAAGAAAUCACCCACUCCGAUCAACGAUUACAACUCACCCGAGCCACAACAGCCCUCUACAUCUGCCAAGACAGUUACCAGCAUCGAGGUCAGCCAUCAUCCGAGCCACAGCGAGAGCAAUGUGCCACCCCUAGAACGCAUUGGCGACACCAUUGUCCACACCAUCGAAGGCGACCCAAAUGAAAUCAGUUCCGAAUAUCUCGAGCCUACUACAGAUGGGCAUGAUACCUCUUCUACACAUGCAACACAAAGGUCCCGGGAAUUGACCGUAGAGGACGACAAAAACAACUCUACCUUGCCCCAUACGGCUUCAUCUCCCCCACCC